AUGGCAUUUAGCUUGUUAGGGAGGGGGAGCCGGAGCCGAGCCCCGUGUCGUUUCUCCCCGCGCAGGUCCUCCAUCCUGAGCGAGGUGUCCACUCGCUCCCGGUCCAAGCUGCCGUCUGGCAAAAACAUCCUCGUCUUUGGUGACGACGGUUCAGGUAAAACAACACUUAUGACUAAAAUACAAGGAGCGGAGCAUGGCAAGAAAGGAAGAGGGCUGGAAUACCUAUACCUAAAUAUUCACGAUGAAGACAGAGAUGAUCACACCCGCUGUAAUGUCUGGAUUCUGGAUGGUGACUUGUACCAUAAAGGGCUUUUGAAGUUUGCUGUUUCUGCAGACUCUUUACAGGACACCAUCGUAGUUUUUGUGGUUGACAUGUCUAGACCUUGGACUGUAAUGGAAUCUUUACAAAAAUGGGCCAGUGUUUUACGUGAGCAUAUUGAUAAGAUGAAAAUUCCCCCAGAAGAGAUGAGAGACAUGGAACAAAAAUUUAUAAAGGAGUUCCAGGAGUAUGUGGAACCUGAAGAAGGUUACCAGGGAUCACCACAGAGAAGAGGUCCUUCAUCUGGUCAAGAUGAUGAAAAUGUUACUCUGCCACUUGGAGAAAAUGUCCUGACUCACAACCUUGGUAUUCCUGUGCUGGUGGUUUGCACAAAGUGUGAUGCAGUGAGCGUGCUUGAAAAGGAACAUGACUACAGAGAAGAACACUUUGACUUCAUUCAGUCACACAUUCGUAGAUUCUGCUUACAGUAUGGUGCUGCCUUGAUUUAUACAUCAGUUAAGGAAGAAAAGAACCUUGACUUGUUGUAUAAGUAUAUUGUACAUAAAACGUAUGGCUUUCAGUUUACCACGCCUGCCUUAGUGGUAGAAAAGGAUGCAGUUUUUAUACCUGCUGGAUGGGACAACGAAAAGAAAAUUGCCAUUUUGCAUGAAAACUUCACAACAGUAAAACCAGAAGACACAUAUGAAGACUUCGUUGUAAAGCCUCCAGUAAGAAAGUUAGUCCAUGAUAAAGAGUUGGCAGCAGAAGAUGAACAAGUGUUUCUUAUGAAGCAGCAGUCUUACCUUGCCAAGCAGCCAGCUACACCUACAAGAGCAUCAGAAUCUCCUGCACGAGGACCUGCAGGAUCCCCAAGAACCCAAGGCAGAUCUGGCCCUGCCAAUGUACCCAGUGCCUCACCGAUAACAUCAGUUAAGAAACCAGAUCCAAAUAUUAAAAAUAAUGCUGCAAGUGAAGGCGUAUUGGCUAGCUUCUUUAACAGUCUGUUGAGUAAAAAGACUGGUUCUCCUGGGAGUCCUGGAGCUGGAGGAGGGCAAAGCACAGCCAAAAAAUCAGGACAAAAGACUGUUUUGACAAAUGUUCAAGAAGAACUGGAUAGAAUGACUCGCAAGCCAGACUCGAUGGUAACAGCAAACUCUUCACCAACAGAAAAUGAAGCUUGAUAGUGCUUAAAAAUGCAUAUGUAAAUGACCAAAUAACUAUGUAUAUUGAUCUGAUAAGACCAGGAGUUUUCUGCUGUGGCGGAUGCUAUCAGUUUUCUUGGGGCAGGGGAAAUGAACUUAAACUUCAUUGGCUUGUCCCAGUAUAAAGUGCACAUUCAGGAAGUUUGCAUAUAAAAUCCCUCUGUAUAAGAUAACCAUGUAGAGUUUAUAUAGGGCAAUUCUUUUGAUUUUGGAGGUUAGCAGGUGCAGCUGCAUUUCUUGUUAUGAAGAGCACAGAGAAGCAAAAUGCAGGAUUCCUAUUGAAAUACUACUACUGACUGCACAUGAAGCAAGAAAGACUAAAUCCUUUUUCAGAGUUACUGGGAUUGGCCAUUUGUAUGUUUACAAAUGCAUUUGUAUACUUGGAAAGGGGGAGAUGUAGCUGAGCAUUAUUAGAUGAGGAAAGAAACCAAGGUAGGAGAUGCAGCACAAAAAUGGGAAACAGAUUUGGCUCAGUGCGGGGGGAAAAAAAGAAUGUUGGAUGGACUGGAGAGGAGCAAUGUUACUAAAUCCUGUGGUCAACAUAGGGAGAGUAAUCACUGUUUUAAAAGGACUACUUUAAAUUAGACUUAUCAGCCAAACACUAAGCGUAAUGGGAAAUUAUCCUGGUUACAUAUUGUCUUUAAUUUUAGCAAAAAAGAAAAAGUACAGAAUGUGGAUGCCCUUUUUUGGUGUAGCUGACAUGGGAGAAACUAUUAACUUGCUUAGAUCCAAGUGCCUGGCACUGUGUGAUUCGUCCUUAGAAGGUGCUUGAACCUUAUUGUGCACUGUAGUACAAAUGGUCACUGUUCGGUUUUUAUUUUAAAAUCGAUACUUUUGAUGACUUAUUUAAUUUUAAAUCUUAUUUUCUGAUAGCUCCUGCCUUUUUUCUAAAAAUGCCAAGUGGCUAGCCUACUACAAGUGAUGGGUGACGCAUCAUUUUACCAUACUGAAAAGUGCUACAGAAUACUCAAAAUUAUCUUUUUUUUAUUUUUUAUUGUUUUGUAACUUAACAUUAGCUACCAAGCUGAAAUUGAUUCCUGCCUUACACCUGGAAAAGGUUGUCUUUCAAGGACCCUGUUUCCAACCACAUAGGCUGGAGUCUAUAGCCUACUCCAGUUCUAACAAGAAACUGAAAUUAUGAAUGUGUACAUGGUGACUAGAACCAAUGAUUUUUGUUCUUUGUUUUUUCUUAAUGUAGCAUUUUCAUAUGGAAAGAUGGAUUGCAGUUGUCCCCUGUUGCUGUAACGGAGUUGUGUCCAUGGGCACUUCAAACCAUCAUUCCGUAAAAAAAAAAAAA